UGAACGCGCACGCUAUACGCGGGUGUAGAGAAGGAGGGGUCAGGAUUCUGUUACUGCAGCUGCUUGCCUUGGACGUGAAUGCGAAUACUGUGAUGCAGCCGUAGUUUCUCAUAGCCUAUCACUAAGCCAAACGGCACUGAAAUCUAAACUCGACUCAGAUUUAUCACGCCCGACAAAACGAUUGUUGAGGAGGUAGGUUCUCAUCAUGGCUGAACAGCAGCGGCAGCGUUCCCUCUCCACCUCUGGAGAGACACUUUACCACAUACUGGGCGUCGACAAGUUGGCUACACCCGAUGACAUCAAGAAGUCUUACAGGAAGCUGGCGCUGAAAUACCAUCCCGACAAGAACCCUGACAACCCAGAGGCAUCAGAUAAGUUUAAGGAGAUCAACAGCGCUCAUGCCAUCCUGGUCGAUGCCACCAAGCGCAACAUCUACGAUAAGUACGGCUCUCUGGGGCUCUACGUGGCCGAGCAGUUCGGUGAGGAGAACGUCAACACCUACUUUGUCCUGUCCAGCUGGUGGGCCAAGGCCUUAUUUGUGCUCUGUGGAGUGGCCACGGGCUGCUACUUCUGCUGCUGCCUGUGCUGCUGCUGUAACUGCUGCUGUGGCAAGUGUAAACCCCGGCCCCCUGAGGGCCAGGACCCAGAGUUCUAUGUCUCUCCCGAAGACCUGGAGGCUCAGCUGCAAUCAGAUGAGAGAGAGGCUGGUGGCGGUGAGCCCAUAGUGUUGCAGCCUUCCUCGGCCACAGAGACCACCCAGCUGACGUCCGACGGUCACCACUCCACCUACCGGACCGACACCGGUUUUAACUAGCACCGCUCCAUCUCCAGCCUCCACCGUGAUCCCCCCUACUCCACCUGAGUGAUGAGCUAGAGGAAUGAUUCGUCUGACAACAUCGAAACGCGCCUUCAAUGGUGGUGCACAAGCUGAACUUUUAAGACAUCCCCCAAACCCCAACCCCUGCUCCACCCCAGUCCCGCCAAUCUGUCACCACUUCCAUCUGUUCCAGAGUGGCACAUACCCUCGUCAGUGUAGCUCAAUAAGGGAAGAAAUGAUGUUUGCGCUCCUAUUGUUUGCUGUCACCUCUUUUUGGCCUUUUGAUUCUGAAUUUGCCCUCCCACAAUCCCUUUCUAAUCCUGGUGUCGUCUAGCAUGUACUGUUUGCUCAUUAGGUAGGAUUUUUCUCAUGUAUGUUUUUUCUAGUCAUAGGUGUUUAUGAAGGUGUAUGUUUUCAUUCAUUCAUUCAUUCAUUCAUUCAUGUUGUGUCACAGUAGGCUAGGCACCAGGCUCUGUCUACUGGACGUAGUUGUGAGUGAGGUGUUUGGCUCAGGGAAGCUUUGGAUCAGAGAGGUAACUGGUCUUUUUGUUUUGUUUUUGUGUUUGUUUGUUUAUCCCCAAAGCCGCAUGCCGUCUGUUGCCACACACGCCCCAGGGUUUCCUAGGAACCAAACCACUUAACACACACAUACAUACACAUAUCAGAAUGCACAGCUUAUGCUGAUUUAUGCCAAAACACUGCUUGUCAAGAGUUUCAUUUUUAUCCGGCGGUAGCCAGUCUUAUUAUUAUAAACUGGGUUUCUCAGCUCUGUUUGAGGUAUUUCAAGCAGCCCUUAACUUUCCUCAUUCAUUCUGUCAUAUUUUUACAUUGUAAUACUUACAACACCAGAAACACCUUAGGGCGGCUAUUAUUAACACAAAACCUUAUUGCAGAGGAUGCAGAGUGUGACAGAUGGAUCUUUACAGAGCUCUAGCCAACUAACGGGUCAUAUUGUCAUGUGGUCUUUGUUUGUUUUUCUGAAUUAACUCUUCAACUCAUAUGAAUAAGGACAUUGUAGAGAACUGGAGAACGCAUUGCAGUAAUGCUGUUUGACAGGUUUAGGUGGGCAUGUAUUUAUGUCGUGUUGUUUUGAUUCGGAGUUGUCGACUGGUCUGACCUGAUUCUGGCUCCUCGUUCCAGUCACGUUAGCUCUAGUUGUCUGUAAAGCCAGCGGAUUACCGUGUGUGUUUGUCAUUCCUUCCCCCCCUCUACAUCUCCUUACUGAGUGCUGAGGAUUAUGCAUAAGAAAAUAAGAAAAAAAAAUAUUACAUGUAUAAAUAUACACACACGCAGGAUGUGUCUGUAUAGUAUAUGUAUAUUUUGCUCAUUUUGACUUUGUUGGAUUUUUGUUCAUUCAUAUUUAUGAGUGAAUUUUGUUUCUUGUGGUUGUGGUUGUUUGUCCUUACGAGUGCCACACCCUUCUGGUUGAUUGAAGCCUUGACAACUACUUGACGGAAUCUUGCAGCAGUAUGGCAUACUCUGCAUGUCAGAGAGAUUGUGUACCAGAUAGCAUCCUGGUGUUUCAUGCAUUUGAAAUCAAUUGCCACCAGUGUCUAAAGAGAUAACAUAAAGGUUUAAGAUAUGAGGAUGCUCCUAAUUGGAACAAUUCCUCUCAGGAUUGAGAGCGUUGAGAGCGAAUAGUUGAUCUGGUCAAGAACAAGUGAGGGUUUCAUUAUUAGUUGGAGAUGACAUUCACCUGUGGUUUAGCACUGUUGGUGUACUCAUUCUGUGAUCAUUGUGGUGAGGUUUAAGUAACCGUCGUACUUGGGGUUGGUGGAAAUAUGUAAACUGAUUAUUAGAAGAUUUACUAAACAGGAAGGUGAGGAUAUUCACAACCUCCUGAUAUCUAAAGUGACAUCUUAACAGUAGCACUGGAACACAAAAUGGCUGUACAAUUAUGCAGUGUCAUUACUAGGGCCCUCUCCUAACACACAUUUAUUGUUCCAGUCAUAAUGUAACAUACAAGUACAUUCUUAUCACUUCCUCUUGUGUUGAAAGCAUUUCAUUGGAAUGAUUUUGUCUCUCUUAGAAAAUUUGCUGAUUUUAAACGUCUGCAGCCAAGGACCCCUUUCUGGGUAUCUUCUUACAUAGUGACAAAUAUGUUGUGUCAUCAAACCUAUUAAUUCACCAAAAGUCCUAUUUUAUUUGUCUGUUUUUCAUAUUGUAUGUUAUAUAUUUUUUUUUAUAAUCAUGAGAAUUUAUAGGGUGUAUUAUUGUUGGUGUUUUUAUGUUUGUGAAGUGGAAUUCCUACAUACCAUGGGGAAGGUCCCUAAUACGCUAUUGAGUACAAAGUGACAGCUUCCUCAUAAUCAGCUCACAGGUGACCACAGUGAGCAUUAACCACUAUGAAUAUGUAAUUAAUUAUCAAUAAAUAUUGAUCUCAUUAAUAUAAACACUGAGCUAAACGCAAGCCAUUUCUUUCUCACGUCAUCUUUACGUUGUAAUAUCACUCUCAGAAGUUAUGAUGCAGUUCUGCUCAUUUUUUAAAAAUUAUUUAUUGUUUAUUUCUCUUCCUAACUGCGUCCUGUGUUUGGACAUUAUUGUAAAUGACCACAAAAACCAUUCAGCCAUAAGUACUCUUCUUUUUGUUGUCUGUGAAAUGCCAAUAACGUGAGUUUGAACUGUUUACAAUGAGUUUGUGAGCAUUCCUCUUCUGCCUCCUUGCCUUCUCUCUUCCUUAGUUGCUCUCAGUGGUCGUUUCGGCCCCUGUGGUCCCAAGCAUUGCAUUUCCACACUUCCCCUCUAGAACAUCUGACAGCUACUAAAGCUUCUUUAUCGAUAUGUUGGAUAAAUGCAACGUUUUGAGUUUAAUGCAGUGUAAAAAAGAUAUCUAUUGUACUUGACAAAAAGAUCAGGAAACAGAUUCUUUAGAAAAAAAGACUCUACGAAACGAUGACAGUGCUUAGUGUAAUAAUAGUGAUAUGGUGAGUUGAUGCGUUUUUUAUUUUAUUAUCUUAUUUUGUCUGAUGAACUGUCCUAGCUUCAAAUUGUAUGUAAUUUGGAUGUGGCUAUGAAGCUAUGCUACCCAUGGUUUAAUGGUUAAGGUCUCAUGUACAUACACUGAAAUAUGAAGUAUAAUAACAGACCUUUAUGUUGUAGCAUGGUAAUUGUAUGUCUGGAAGAGAAAAAAAAACAUUUAUCUGAUUUGCUGUUGUAAAAUAAAUGUUUCUGAACAUUUAAAAA